CGGUGCGGCGGGGGCGGAGCCGGCGUGCGGGCGCGGCCCCGUCUCCCUGCGGCGCUCGGCGGCCCGGCCGGCAGGGCCCCCGCAGCCCCGGGCAUGGGAGCCCGCGGGCCCGCGGCCGAGCCUGCAGGAGGGACAGGAGGGAGAGGAAGAGGAGGCGGCGGGGGCCGCUGACCGGGGCCGCGGAUCGGGACCGUGGCUGGAGCCGCCCCCCUGCCCCGCUGAGCGCACAUGUCCACCUGCCCGUGCCCGGAAGAUGACCAGGCUGCUCUUGGGGGUGACCCUGGAAAGGAUUUGCAAGGCUGUGCUGCUACUCUGCCUGCUCCACUUCGUCAUCAUUAUGAUACUCUACUUCGAUGUCUACGCGCAGCACCUGGACUUCUUCAGCCGCUUCAACGCCAGGAACGCCUCGCAUGCUCACCCCUUCUCCAACUCCUCCCGCCUCAACAGCACCAUCCCCAGCUACGGGCUAGCUGGUGCUGAGGCUCCAUCCCCCAGCGCCAAGCCCAGCGCCAACCAGUCCACGACUGAGAAACCCUUGCAGCCCUGCCAGGAGAUGCCUUCUGGCUUAGUUGGGCGCCUGCUCAUUGAGUUCAGCUCUCCUAUGAGCAUGGAACGUGUCCAGCGGGAGAACCCUGACGUACGCCAGGGCGGCAAGUACACCCCCCCAGACUGCCUGCCCAGGCAGAAGGUGGCCAUCCUCAUCCCCUUCCGGCAUCGUGAACACCACCUCAAGUAUUGGCUGCAUUACCUGCACCCCAUCCUGCGCCGGCAGAAGGUGGCUUACGGCAUCUACAUUAUCAACCAGUAUGGCGAGGACACCUUCAACCGGGCCAAGCUGCUCAAUGUGGGGUUUCUGGAGGCCCUCAAGGACGAUGAGGAGUAUGACUGCUUCAUCUUCAGCGACGUGGACCUCAUCCCCAUGGACGACCGCAACCUCUAUCGCUGCUAUGAGCAGCCACGGCACUUUGCCGUUGGCAUGGACAAGUUUGGGUUCAGGCUACCCUACGCCGGCUACUUUGGUGGCGUCUCUGGGCUGAGCAAGACCCAGUUCCUGAAGAUCAACGGUUUUCCCAACGAGUACUGGGGCUGGGGAGGAGAGGACGAUGACAUCUUUAACCGGAUCUCCCUGAAUGGCAUGAAGGUGUCAAGGCCCGACAUCCGCAUCGGGAGAUACCGCAUGAUCAAGCAUGAACGUGACAAACACAAUGAGCCCAACCCGCAGAGAUUCACCAAGAUCCAAAACACCAAAAUGACAAUGAAGCGGGAUGGCAUCAGCUCGCUGCAGUACCGGCUGGUGGAGGUUUCAUGCCAGCCCAUGUAUACCAACAUCACAGUGGAGAUCGGCAGGCCGCCCCCACGCCUGGCCCGGGGCUAGUGCUUGCCCUGCUGGCAGAGCCACUGGGAGCUCACUCUGUGCCCGGGCUGGCUGGGCACGAUGAGUUUUGCCUGGGCACGAUAGGCUUUGCCCCAGCUCAAGAGCCAGGACUGGACCAGGGAUGUUUUUCUGCCUAUUCUGCUGCCUUUUGGAGACAGCCACCCCCCAGCCUGCCCUGCGGUCCCCAGAUUUUCUCUGUCCCCCUGUCCCCACGAGUGUGUUUGCAGGACCCCCGCUCCAUACUCGAUGUGUUGGUGGAUGAGCCCAGACGCCCUGCCUGUGGCUCCUGGCACGGAGAGGGGGGGCAGCCCUAGCCCUGGCGAGGAGCCCCCUGCCCACACCAGCUCCUGCCUGCUUGGGGAGGGUGAGAUCCCACUGCUCCAGGAGAGCUUGGGGGGUCCCCAUGGGCGCUGUGAGAAGUGGGGUGCAGGCUUCCCCCUUUGCCAGUGCCUGAGCUGCUGCUGCCCUGGCUGGGGGUGGGAGCAGCCUGGGCCCCUCUGAGGCAGGACAGUGCUGCCCCAGCCAGGCACUGCCUGUGCUGCGAGGAACACAGACAUGAUUCUCUGUCUUCCUCUGCUUUAGUCUGGUGCUUAGAGCCGGGCCCUGUCUCAGCUCUGCCAAACAGAGACCUCUAGUUAAUGAACGUCCCUUGCUGUGCCUCAGUUUCCCCGGGGCUGAGAGGUGGCAGCUGUAUCCUGCCCCCCCUCCCCAAAGGCAGAUGCUGUGUCCAUGCAGCCCCUUCCUGUGCCUGCCCUCACCUGCCUUCCCCACUGUGGAGGGGUUGGACCUUAUUUGAACCCCCCAGUCCCUCUUGGCAGGUGUGGCGCGGAGUUGGGGCUACCCCAUGGCUCCCUCAAGCAGCAGGUACCCCCCCCCCCAGGGCAGUUUGGGAGCCACUGCCAGGGGGGAUCUCACCCUUCUCUGGCUUCCCCCCACCUCCAGGCCUGGGGCAGGGAGGCUGUGGGCAGGACAGGCAGGGACCAAGCAGGGUGGGCACCCCAUGCCCCUCUGGGGCUGGGAGCCCAGCAUCCCCACACCCUAUGCGGGGCAGGGAGCAGUGGGGCUGGGAGUGGGGGGCAGCACACUGGUGUGUGUGUGGGGGCACCAGUGACUUUUGUACAUUUGAAUGUCUGAACCCUUUUUUUGAGCGUUACGUUGAAUGCAGAGUUUGG